CAAAGUCAUACAUAAACGGUCUGCAUUUAAAGAAGAAAAGAGUUUCAAAUUUACAUAUUAAUGAGGAUUUUGAAGUUUUUUUUAUGAGCUAAUAGCAUUGUCACCUCAGUAACAACUCUUAUAUAAAGAAGCUCAAAGUGCAAUGGAAGCAAUAUCGAAAAAGUGAUAAAUAUAUAUCUUACGCAGAAGAAAAAGAAUGGCCACCAUUGUUUCUCCUCCACAUUUCUCCCCUGUUGAAGAUGCUGAAAAUAUCAAGAAGGCUUGCCAAGGUUCUACUCUUUCUUCUUUUUAGACUAGUAGUGCUUCAAGUUUCGGUUAUUACCCCCCUUCUUUCUUGGGUUUCAGGAUUUGGAACCGAUGAAAAGGCCAUCAUCUCGAUCCUAGGACACCGGAACUUGUUCCAGAGGAAACUCAUCAGACAAGCUUACCAGGAGAUAUACCAUGAGGAUCUCAUUCACCAGCUCAAAUCUGAGCUCUCUGGCGACUUUGAGAGAGCUAUCUGUUUGUGGGUUUUGGAUCCUCCAGAGAGAGAUGCUCUCUUGGCCAACUUGGCUCUUCAAAAGCCUGUUCCUGACUGCAAGGUCCUCGUCGAGAUUGCUUGCAUGAGAUCCCCUGACGAUCUAUUAGCUACCAGGCGUGCUUACCGUUGCCUCUACAAGCGUUCUCUCGAGGAAGACUUGGCCUCCCGUACUACCGGCGACAUCAGGAAGCUCUUGGUUGCAACGGCGUCUGCUUAUAAGUAUGAUGGGGAAGAAAUUGAUGAGACUCUGGCGCAUUCAGAGGCUGCGAUUCUUCAUGAUGAAAUCCUCGGUAAGGCUGUUGAUCACGAAGAAACGAUCAGGGUGAUAAGUACAAGGAGCAGCAUGCAGCUCUGCGCAAUCUUCAACCGCUACAAGGAUCUCUAUGGAAGAUCGAUCACUAAGGAUAUCCUCAGCCACCCUACAAAUGAGUACCUGAGUGCACUGCGUGCAGCAAUCAGGUGCAUCAAAAACCCUAACCGGUACUACGCAAAGGUUUUGCGCAAUGCAAUCAACACAGCAGGGACUGAUGAAGAUGCUCUGACCCGUGUGAUUGUCACACGAGCAGAGAAGGACCUGAAGAAUAUCACUGAGCUGUAUCACAAGAGGAACAAUGAGAGUCUCGAUCAAGCCAUAGCAAAAGAGACAUCAAGGGACUACAAGGCUUUUCUUCUAGCCUUGCUAGGACACGGAGGAAUCUAGAGUUCACCCUCAAAAUCAAAACCUGACAAGAGUAGCAUUUCUUUCUAAUUUCUGCUUAAGUACUAAUAAAAGUAUCUGUUUGAUGAUGCUUCGUCAACUCAGUAAUACUGUUUAGCUAUUCACAAUAAGAUUGGAAUUACAACUUAUUUGUUUUCCAUAAAUAAAAACAUUCUUCCAAGCCAA